UCUAUUUAAUUGGUUGAAAUUAAUCUAAUAUAGGUACUAUUAAUUAGGGUAAAUCAAAUAAUUUUAAUUACUAAUAAUAGUAAGUUCUUAUCAAAAAUGGACAACUAAAAUAAAUAUAGAGUAAUUAAUUAUUAGGAUUAUAAUGGAUCGGAGUGUGAGAUCAGGCCUAGCUAAGAAUAAUUAAAAGUAAUUUUAUCAGAUUUAAAUGAAGAUUAAAAAAUUAUAGCAUGUGCAGGUUCUGGUAAAACAACAACUUUAGUGAUAAGAUUAAAAUAUCUGAUAGACUAAGGAGUUUAGCCAGAAUAAAUUUUAGUCACUACUUAUAAUGUUGAUGCUGGAAAAAACUUAAAAAAAAGGGCAAAAGAAAUAAUAGGAUGCCAGUCUUGCAGGAUAGAAAUAGGAAAUAUUGAUAAAGUGGCUUUUAAAAUAUACUAAAAAUUCAUUUUGAGUGCUUAAAAGUAAUAAUCUGAUUUAAAAUCUAGUGUUAAGGAGUUUUGUAAUAAGCUUUAUCAGUUCUUAUAAACGCCUGAAGGGGAAUAAUAAGUAUUGUCAAAGUAUAAGUACUUUUUCUUUGAUGAGUUUUAGGAUGUAAAUCAAUUGUAAUAUGAUAUUCUAAUCCUUUUUAAAAAGAAAGGUAGCAACAUUACUGUUAUUGGUGAUGAUGCUUAAAACAUUUAUGGAUUCAGAGACUCAAAAUUGGAACUGAUUUAGAAAUAAAUUGAUUAGGAUGUAUUAAAAAUAACAAAUAAAAAGAUACAUGAAUACUAACUAUCUUUAAACUAUAGGUGCUCUAAGCCUAUAACAGAGUUUUCAAACUAAAUUAUAGCUAAAUCCAAAUAUUUGAUUUAAAAAGAGAUGAAAUACAACACAUAAAAGAAUUACUAAAAAAGCUAGUAGCCAUAGAUUAAGCUAUAUAAAAAUUGGGAACACUAAGUUAACAGCAUAAUUGACUAAAUUAAAUAUCUAUAAGAAACAUACUCACUUAAUGAAAUAGCUAUUCUAAGUCCAACAAAUCUUCCAUUAAGAUUCUUUGAAGAAAAGUUAGAAAAGAAUAACAAGGAGUUAAUUAAUGGAUAAAUCCCUUUUAUUUACAGAUCUUAGAGCAUUAAAGAAUUUUACUCGAUCAAUGAUGAUGAUCCCAAUGAUACAGAACCUAAGCUCACUUUAAGUACUUUGCACCAAGCAAAAGGAUUAGAAUGGAAAAUAGUAUUUUUUAUAGGGAUAAAUGAUUAGCAUUUUCCUGGAGAAUUCAUGAAUUAGAGAACAUUUAAACUAUAAAAAUUAGAAGAAUGCAGGAGAUUAUUCUAUGUUGGGUGUACAAGAGCUAUUAAUCAGCUUAAUUUUUCUAUUUUAUAAAGGAAACCAUAAGAAAAAUGUCCUAUAGUUUGUAGAUUUUUCAGUGAGAUUGAUUAAUAAUAUUUUAAAGUAGAUGAAAAUAUAAAAAAAGAAGAUUUUGCACCUAUAUAAGGCCAAGAAAAUUGCAGGCAUAAAGGUUUGGAAAAUUAGACUUAAAUAACUAAAAUUAUUGAAGAAUUCAAUUAUCAUGAUUUAGAGAAAAUAGAUAAAUAUUUAAAAGAUAUUAAAUUUUUUCUCAAGGAAGAUAUUCAUAAAAAGCCAAGUUUUGAUAUAAAGUAAAUUGCAAAAAAUAGACUUUCGGUGGAUUUAGGGAUUUAUAUUGAUAUAUUAUUUUAAAGAAUAAUUGCUGAAAAAUAUAACUCUGUCUAAGGCUAUACUUAUAGUGAUGCAGAGAAAGUCCUUUUUUCUAUAAAUUGGGCUAAUUAAAGGGCAGAGAUUGUUUUUAAAUACAAGCAAUUUUUUGAAAAUAAGAAUUUACAAUUUGAUUAGAUAGAGGAUUCAGAUGAAUUCAUAGAUGUAAUUAAUAUGUUUUAUAUCGAAAAGAGUAAGCAAACCUUUAAACUUUAAGAUAGAGAAAUAAAAGUUUUAAAAGAUAUCUAUGAGGAAUUAAAAAAAUUUAUGGCAAGAAAUAAUUUAAAUUACAGCAACGUCAGCCAUUUGUUAAUUGAAGGAAAGAAUGAUCGAGUGCUUUAGUUUUUUCCUGAAGAUUUUGAUGACAAACACAUUUAUAUAGAAAGCUAUAAAAAAUAUUGUAAUCCAAAUUACUAAACUAUGGAUAUUUUAUAUGAUAUUUACAAUGUCAGCAAAUGUGGCUAAUUAGUAAAUUUAAUAAGAAGAAGUCUUUAUAGAAACGAUUUCUAGCUAUUUAAUCCAAUAGAUUUAAAAUUAAUUAUUGAUAAGUUUUUGGAUUUUCUUAAAAAGUAAAAUUUUAAAAAGAUACAAGUUAAAAAAAGGGUAAAAGAUGAUAACUUAAUUGGUGAAAUAGAUUUUAUUGCAGAUGAUACUAUUUUUGAAAUUAAAUCCUCUUCAUCCUAUGAAGUACAAAAAGAAUACAUUAUACAGUGUUUAGCAUAUGCAUCAUUGAUGAGAAAAUAGGGUGAAAAAAUUAAUUCAAUUGCAUUUUAUAAUCCCCUGCAAGGAUAUACUUCAUUUUAUGAUAUCUCUAAUUGGAAUUAAGAAAAUGAAUUUUGUGAUUUCCUUUUUUAGACUUCUUUAAAUAAAAUUAUAGAAAAAUAAUAAUAAAGUUAAAGCUUUACCAAUGAUCCACCAAUUGAUUAAAAUGAAUACAUAUUAAUUGAAGAGGAUUAGGAAGACUCUUAAGAUUGUAUAGAAAUAUAAAGCGAAGAAUUUAGAGAUAAUUAUAAUACAUAGCAUUAUAUUGAGCAGCUCCAAGAUUAUGUGAAGAAAGAUAACUCAUGCAAUGGCAUAUAAUAAUUAAUAGAAGUAAGCGAGCACAAAAUUAAUGAAAAACUAGGGACAGAGUACAAAAAAUUGCACUUUGUAGAAAAAAUAUCAAAUGAAUUAGAAUUUUUGGAGUCAGGAAGUUAAUUUAUAAGUUCAAAUCAGAAAAAUAUAAAUUAGUUACUGGAAAAUAAAUGUGAAUUAGAUUAAAAUCAAAGUGAUUAUCAAACUGAAUAAAAGUCUUAAAAAAUUCAUUAAAAAAAUGUAAGUAAUUUAGAUUUUAGUGAUACUGAAUCAAAUUAUUCAAACAAGCAAAAUUAAAAUAUUUCGCUAUCACCUAGUAGUUUAAAUAUAACUCCAAUUAAAUUAAGCUAAGCGAUUUAGCCUGAAUAUGUUGUAAUCGAAGAUGAUUAGGAAUUAGACUUUUUAAAUAAUAGCAAAAAUUUUGAUAAAAGAACAUUAAACGAAAUGGAAAAUGAAAGAUAAAUUCAGCAAUAGUUGUUUGAAUAAAAAUAUUAAGAAAAGGUUAAUUAAAAUGUUAAUUUAUUUCUUGAAUAGUUUUCUAACAAAAUUAAUUAUCAAAACUAAAUAAUAAAUCAAUAAAAUUAAAACAUCAAUGAGUUAUAAAACUGUUCAAACUUAAAUCCAAUAAAACUUAAUAAUGAAACUGGUUUAAAUUAAAAAAUAGGUUAAAAUAGUCAAGAGAGAGAUAUUGGCAAUACAAUUCCAUUAAUAAAUGAAAAAAUUCAUAAUAGAGAAUAAAAUUAAUGUUUUUUCAACUGUAAUGAUUUAAUAUCUAUUGAAUCAUCUCAUGAAAAAGAAGAAAUUUAAAAUAACGAUGAUAUUUAAUUUGAAUAAGAUUCCUUAUCAUCUGAGCUAGAUAUAAUGUAGACCUCACAGUUAUAAAUUAAUCCUAUUAACUUAUCUGAAAUUGAUUUUAUUUAAUAAUAUGACUCUGAAUCAUAAUUGAAAACAAGCAAUAUUGGCUGUAAAAGACGAGAUAUUGAAGUUAAAAGUGAAAGUAAAAAAGGAUAUUCACAAGAUGAUGUUGAAAACAAAGAUCAUUUAAAACAAAAUUAAUAAAUCUAUAAAGAAAAUUUAAGUGAAAAAAAUUAAAUAUGUGACUAAAUUUAUGAUCAAAUUACAUUUAGUUAAUUAUUCAAUCACUCAGACUCACAUAAAAAUAAUUAAGAAUAUGAAAACAAUAAAGAAUAAGAGCAAGAUAUGAAAGAUUAAAAAGUCAGUAUUUAUUUUGAAGAUAAUCAAAAAUAACCUUAUGAACACUUUAUAAAUUGCAAUUUGUCUAUCCAGUGCUCUAUUAAUGACUAGUAUAUAAAUAAUCAAUAAUAAAAAUAUGAAGAUUUACCAUAAAUGAAACAAGAUAACUCUGAGUAAGAAUCAUAGUCAUAAUAGUAAUUUAAUGACUAAAAUGUUGAAAAAUAUAUUAUUGAAAGCUAAUUAUAAAAUAAAUAGAAUACUGUAAAUUUAAACAAAUAAUAAUCAUAAUCUGGUCUAAAAAUUGAAAGUUAGUUUAAUGUUUAUGAAUCAGAGAUAAGUAAACAAUUUUAGGUGGAAUAUAAAGAGUAAUAAUAAGAUAACUAUGGCUAGAGUGGUUAAAAUAACUUAUAUUUGAGUAAUUAGUCUAAUAAAACACAAUAAUAAAUAGAUAAAAGCGAAUUUCAAACUAACUAGGAAAAUUCUAAAAAUAAAUAAAAUUUAUAAUAAUUUAAUCAAAAUGGAAGCAAACUAAAAUUGUAGAAAAGCAACUCUGAAAAUAUUGGAAAUGGUAUGACGAAUUUAAUAGAAAACAAUUAAAUGUAAAAAAAUUUCAAUAAGAUAAUAUCUAAUUUAGACAAUUAAAAUUAAUUUUAAAAUACAAAAUAACUCACACUUUAAAAUAUGGAAUCAUUUUAAAUUUAAAACUAUUAAAAUGGAUUUGAAAAUCUUUAAAUAGCUAAUAAUUCAAAUUAUCAUUAAAAAAAUGACAUUUAAUUUUUGAAUUAACAAUAUAAUAAGAAAAAUUAUCAUUUAGCUUCUCAUGAAAAUGAUGAAAUUAAAAACUUAUAAAGUCAUCCAUUACAAGGUGAAAUUAUAGAAUAUAAUAAUGAGAAAAAAGAAAUUGUAACAUAAAAAUGUUUAGAAGAAAUACACUAAUAAACUAAUGUUGAGAAUAUUAAUUUCCCUUAAAAUUAUUAAAUUUAAAGAUUUUAGAAUAUAAAAAAUAUAUAAAACAGUAAUUUAAAACAAUUAAACAGCAAAAGAAAAGCGAAUGAAACCAUUCACUAAUUACAAAAAGAGUUUUAAUAAGAUAUAUAAAAGAAAAUAAAAAUUGAACCAAAUUAUGAUAUUAAACAUACUCAAAUAACAUUUUGCAAAGAGCUUCUAAUAUUAUUAUCGCUCAUUUGGUUUACAUUUAUGCUUUUCAAAAAUAAAUAAUUUUAAUGA